AGAGAGAAAAAGAAAAAGGAAAGAAUCCAAUCAUGGAGAAAGUGAGAGCUACGUGAAGGUACGACAUGUUCGAAUGAUCAGUUCUCCAACAAUUGUUCGCCGAAGAAGAUAUGAUGUACAUUAAGUGUUUUCUUCUUCUAAAACUUUUUUCUCUUGCGAUUGCAUUGUCAAUACAUGAUGAUACAAACAGAAAAGUUACACCAUUAUAUGCAAGCAGUAUUUAUCCCGCUACAAUAUCUAAAAGAACAGACCGACCACCAGAUGGAAGUCGAAUAGAUUUUCAAAUAAGGAAUCAUCAGGGACCAGGAACAUACAUAUUUGGUUUCGAUACUGGACACGGGAAAAAUCGACAAUAUAAAAUGGAAGAACGUCGUCGAGAUGGAAGCGUCAAGGGUCGAUAUGGUUUUUACGAUGCAAAGGGAAAACUCAAAGUUGUCAGUUACAUCGCGGGCCCCGCUGGCAAUUAUCAAGAACGCCAUCAUGAAACUAUCAUAUCACAAACCUGAAAUUUAAUAUAUCUUUCUUAGAUUUUUUCUAUCAAAUAAAUUCAUAAUCCCGCCUCAUACGUGUCUGUGCGCGCGCGCGCGCUCACACACACACACACACACACACACACACACACACACAUCAGUCAUUUUGUACUUAAUAAAAAAUAACAAUUACUGGAAUAGAUUUUGAAUUAUAUAG